AAAAUCGACGCCGCCUUGCACGCUACCGCCGAACCGCGGCACAGCCAGUUCACCUGUGACGACGAGGACCGUAGUGGUAUUAGCCGUUCGAAGAUGUUCUUCGGCAUGGUUUGCUCGGUGUGCAUAUUCUUGAUGCCGUACAGCCUGUCUGCGAUGCCGGUGAACGGUCUUCUUCGAUUCACGUAUCCUGCUUACGUAUAUCCUGCUUAUCUUGCGGUGCCGAUGAUGCAUUUCGUCGGACAGUGGCCCACCGACGACCACGCGUUCGUGUCGUUGGCCAACAGACGGUUUACGUAUCGGAUACUGUUGGCCGCCGCGUUGACGAUGCAGCAGCUGUGCGAUAGUCUGCUGCGGUUGGUGCCGUUGUAUUGCCUGAUCAAGACCGCGUUUUUCGCACCGAUCGAAGCUAACGGGGCCGCAUACGUGUACGCCGUCGUCGUGCGUGCUGUUAUUUCAACCACGAGAAUUAACCCAUAUAAAAUGUAUGCCGAAAACAAUCAGUUCAAGGUUGGUGGUUGAGGCUACUGUGCAAAGUGCAAAAUCAAUGGCAGUGAUAAGUUCUGGUGCGCUUAGGUGUGCGUCCAAUUUGUGUUAUAAUCUAUAGUUCUGGUGCAGUGGGAGGGGAGGCGCUCGUGUUGGCAAACAAAAAGACAAAUACAAAUACAUCACAUACAUAAAAAUAAUUUUCAAUGCCUAAAUAGGUAAUAUUAUGAAAAAAAUAUUUAAAAUUAAUUUUUUGGUAAGUAAAAAAAAAAAAAUCCAAACAAAAUUAAUCACUUACUGGUUUUUUUUCCCGUAAUCAACUUUAUAUUUUAUUUUAACAUCAAUAGUCAAUAGCAUAUACGUAUAUUAUCAUUUAUUAAGAGGACACUCCACAGGCCCGCAUUUGUUGUCUUCGUCUUGACAAGUGAGUGACAUAGCAAAUUUAAGUACAUCAACUAACGUUUAGCUUCGUUAAUAUCAAAAUUAGGUUGAAUUAACCGUUUCGUGUUUGUACGUGCUUAUUUUACAAUAUUAACUUCUUAGCGAGUUGUGAGCAUUUUAAAAUUGCAAUAUCUCAUAUAUUCAUAAAUUGCUUAACAAUCGUUGAAAUGUCGCUAACAAAAAAAAAGCUGACAUACAAACACUUUUGGCUUGAUGACAGUUAGUAUAAAUUCUAAUGCUAACCAUGCUAAACACGAAUUUCUGUACUUACGUACAUUUAACAUGUGCGCGCUUGUAAGACGGAAACAGCUAUAAUAUGCGGAUGCGGCGUCCUUUCGAGGCGAUAUCGUAUAAUUAUUUUCAGUAGAUUUUCAAGUAAAUAAAAUUUGAGUAUGAAAAAGAGUUAUGUGUGAAAAUUUUGUUGGAUUUUUUUUAUUUUAAUUAACUGAAAAAAAAAUUGUACAAAAUAUGUUAAAACCUGGACGUGUGCCGUUCGCUCGGCAGGCCGGCUAGUGUUCGUGGCUAAAAAAACGGCGGACGACAACGACGUACACGUACGCGGCCCCAUUAGCCUCGAUCGGCGCGGCGCACCACGCGAAAAACGUGGUCUUGACCAAACAGUAGAACGGCACCAACCGCAGCAGGCCACCGCACAGCUGCUGUACCGUCAACGCGGUGGCUAACAAUAUCCAAUACAUAAACCAUCUGUUGGUCGGCGACACGGACGCGCCGCGGUCGUCGGCGGGCCUGCCGGCCGGCAACUCUCCGGCGGAGUGCAUUAUCAGCGCAGUGGUCAUGUAGGCGGGAUACACGAACCCGAGCAGGUCGCUCACCAGCAUCGCGCACAGGCUGUCCGUGAUCAGGAACAUGCACACGGCGCAAACCAUGCCGAGGAAGAUCUUCAGACGGCUGAUGCCGCUCCGUUCCUCGGCCCAGGCGAACGGGCUUUGCCACGGUUUGGUGGUGUCGCGCAAGGUGGCGUCGAUCGCGUUCAACGCGGACAAUACGUUCGCCGCCGCCAUGUGGCCGUUCAUUGUUGUACGGUUUUAUUUUUAAAAAUGUUCAAAUACCUAUUGUUAAAAAAACAAAACAAUUAUUUGAAUUCGAUUUUUGAGAAAUUCAUUUUACGAAUAAGAUUUAAGGUGUUUUUUAGUUUUUAAAUAAUAUUAUAUUGCGCGUGACGAUAAUAUGCAGUGGUCACCGUAGUAACUAUAUAUAUUAUAUUAUAUAAACGAAGAGUAAAAGUGUCUUUCGGUAAAGAAAGCUACGGGAAGAGUUUUGAAUAUCGUAGUGUUUGAAUUAUUAAUAGUCCAAUAUUAAUGAUAUUUUUCGAUGAAAUAAUAUAUGGUAUGUAUUAAUACAUUAAUAUUUAUCUGCACAUUUCCAUACAGUAAAUUAUAAUAAGUUCGUUGUUAAUAUGACGGUAAUUAAUCGAAAGUAAAAAAUGCAUUAAAACUAAAAAAAACAACAAUUAAACGUAUUUUU